GCCAUGGCCAGAGCUAGGGGCUUUGCUUCGCUGAAGCAGGUCCGACCCAUGGCUGCUAGGCAGGCAGCCAAAGCUCAUGCCAGGCCAUUUCUCGAAGCGGUGCCGCCGGAGGAGGUUGCGGAAGAUGCCUGCACGCUUUGCAAGCGCCACCUGAG